AUGGCCAACAGUAACCUUCCCCGAAGAAUCAUCAAGGAAACGCAGCGUUUGCUCAGUGAGCCAGCACCAGGAAUUAGUGCGUCCCCUUCGGAAGACAAUAUGCGAUAUUUCAAUGUGAUGAUCCUCGGCCCAACUCAGUCUCCUUAUGAAGGGGGGGUUUUCAAGCUAGAACUAUUUUUGCCUGAAGAAUAUCCAAUGGCUGCUCCCAAGGUUAGGUUCCUGACAAAAAUAUAUCACCCUAACAUUGAUAAGCUUGGGAGAAUAUGUCUUGAUAUUCUGAAAGAUAAGUGGAGUCCUGCCCUUCAGAUUCGCACUGUUCUUUUGAGUAUUCAAGCUCUUUUGAGUGCACCAAAUCCAGAUGAUCCACUUUCUGAGAACAUUGCCAAGCAUUGGAAAUCGAAUGAGGCUGAGGCUGUUGAGACAGCCAAGGAGUGGACCAGAUUAUACGCCAGCGGCGCUUGA